AGUUCUGACGCUUUCCUGGUCAUUCUGCUUCAGUAAAACUUCAGUUCUGUGAAAUAAGUGAAAGGCUUCCCUUAUUUGAUGCAACCAGGCCUAACUCUCAACUAACACCAUGGUUGGAACAUCCAGUAUCCUUGUUAUCCGUGAUUCCUUCAUGGGAUAUGGCUUGGAGAACUUCUGCAUUCCAAAGCACUAUGAAGAGGACUUAGAAUAUGUGCUUAUACCUGCUGGCAUCAUAGGAGACCGAAUAGAACGUGUAGCAAGGGACAUCUUCAUGGAAGUAGGAAGAGAGCCCCUUGUAUGCCUUUGUGUGCUCAAAGGUGGGUUCAAGUUUUGCUCUGACCUUCUGGACCACAUGAACCAGCUCAAUAGAAACCUUGCUCUUACAUCCACUCCUGUUACUGUUGACUUCAUUCGACUGAAGAGCUACACAUGUAUUUUUGCUUUCCAUUAUUCUAGAGAUAAUAAUCAUGAGUACUUUUCAGAUUGCUGCUUCGAGAUACCAGAUCGCUUUGUGGUUGGUUAUGCUUUGGACUACAAUGAGCACUUUCGAGACCUCAAU